AUGACUCCGCCAGCAUUUUCCCUCACGGAAGUUCUCGCCGUCUCCAAGAUACACCCCUUCUAUAACCCCGAUAUUCAAUACCCUCCGAAUCCCGAAACGAUUGAGUCAGCAGUCGAAUUGGCGGAAAAGAAAUCAACGGAAAUUGACCUCAGUUCGGUGCCCCUAGUCAGCAAGAAAGACCUUUACAAAGUCAUUGCGCGGCUUACAGACGACACGAGUCCGCAAAAUGAGUACCGGCGCAGUUCAUACGUCAGCAUCACGGGCGGGGGCUCUGGUGGGCUUCCGCUGAUGUUUGUGACCGACACGCAAGAAAAUCGCAAUCAUCGAGCAGCUUUUGGCGAGUUCUUGAGAACUUGCAGAGUGGUCGAGCCUCAUGAUUGGAUUCUCACGACCCAUGCGUCCGGCUACUUUUACCGGUCGCUCGAUCUUUUGAGUGAGAUUUUGGAAAAUGCCGGCGCAACCGUUCUCAGUGCCGGGAAUUUUAUGACGCCUGCUGAAGUGGUCCGUGCUCUGGCACAUUACCAUGUCAAUGUCUUGACCGGUGAUGGUAGUCAAGUUAUUCAGGUCGUUCACUAUAUUUCCACGCUGCCCGAGGAGAAAAGGAAGGCAAUUAAGCUGAACAAGGUCAUCUAUACCUCUGAACCGCUCACUGAGACGCAAAAGAGUCACAUCGCGGCCACCUUGGGCCCGGUGAAGAUAUGUUCGAUUUGGGGAAGUGCAGAGGCAGGACCGUGUGCCAUAAGUCACCCUGACCUUAUCGCCCAGGAGCGUCCAGCUGGCACUACGGACUUCGUCUUUGACACUCGAAGCGUCAUAAUUGAGAUCCUUCCGCCAUCCGCCUCGGACGGCGAUUCCCCCUCGGGUGGAAGGUCCGUACCAGAUGGGGAAGAAGGGAUCAUUGUCCAGACCUCCCUGCAACGUCGUCGGAACCCGCUUGUUCGCUAUAUCACAGGUGAUAUCGGGUCCCUACACCCACUACCGGAAUCCGCCCGGUCGAUCAUUCCUGAGACUGAAUUCGAGCAUCUUCGCGUUCUCCGCUUUCGCGGCCGCGACCGUCGUUUCAGUUUCAAGUGGUUUGGCAUGUACUUUGAGUUCGAGAAUAUCGUAGCUCUUAUGCAGACGGAGAAAUCUGGAAUAUUGCAAUGGCAGGUUAUCAUAGCCUCGCUGGAGUCGUCUCCGCAGACGAAACUGGAGAUUCGUCUGCUCCGUGAGGCGGAUGGUGAACAUAUCAUGCCCAGGGAGGAGCUUGUCAAGAUGUUGGAGACUUUCUUUUUUGUUCUGGCGGAGAAUAGCCAUCUGUUCCAGAUUACUUUCCUGGAUAAUUUGGCGGGCUUUGAAAAGAGCAGUACGGGGAACAAAGUCAUGAAGUUCGUAGAUAAAUUGCACUGA